UGGUGUCAUAUGUUUCCGUGGAUGAGGACCAGAUCAGUUCUCCCUCCGCUGACGGGCCAGCCCUCUUCUGUCCCGCCCUCGUUCAGGCUGCGCUCCGGCACCAUCCAUCUCCGCACCGGGACAGACGGGGAAAGAGGCUGCAGUGAAACAACAGGCGUCAGAACCAGAGGAAGAGGGCGAAAAAAAAAAAAAAAAAAAAAAAAAAAACAAUACUCAAGCUGCUAGCCCGCAGUGUGCAGGCGGUGCGCCUUCAACAAAGCGACCACCAAUCGGCAGCCCUUCCUUAUUUAAACUGGACACAGCGCUUGGCUGAUGAAGAGAUGCAUCAUCCUACAGGACAGUGUGAGCAGUAAAAUGUUUUGAUCUUUACUGUGGAUCGCUCCAUUCGGUCUAGUAGACACCAAGAGGAAGCAUGAAGUUUGUGGUUGCGGUGUUGUGGUUCUGCUUGGCUCUUGGAAAAGCUACAACGCAAGCUGAGGAAGACUUUGUAUCGUUGGCUGAGUUGGAGGAUUCCUUGCUGAGGAAUCUUUUCAGGGGUUACCAGAAGUGGGUUCGCCCUGUCCAGCACGCAAAUGACACCAUCACAGUGCGCUUUGGACUGAAGAUCUCACAGCUGGUUGAUGUGGAUGAAAAGAACCAGCUCAUGACUACAAACGUCUGGCUAUGGCAGGAGUGGAUUGAUGUGAAGCUGAAGUGGAACCCAGAUGACUAUGGUGGCAUCACCUCGAUCAGAGUGCCUUCAGAGACUAUAUGGCUGCCUGACAUCGUACUGUAUGAAAAUGCUGAUGGUCGCUUUGAAGGUUCCCUGAUGACCAAAGCCAUUGUGCGCUGGGACGGCACCAUAACAUGGACUCCACCCGCCAGCUAUAAGUCCUCCUGCACCAUGGAUGUCACCUUCUUCCCCUUUGACCGACAGAACUGCUCCAUGAAGUUUGGCUCCUGGACUUACGAUGGAAACAUGGUGGAUCUGGUCCUGGUAGAUCACUAUGUGGAUCGCAAAGACUUCUUUGACAAUGGCGAGUGGGAGAUCCUCAAUGCCACGGGGGUAAAGGGGAGCAGGAGGGAUGGAGUGUACUGGUACCCAUUUGUCACCUACUCCUUCAUCCUCAAAAGGCUGCCCUUGUUCUACACCCUCUUCCUCAUCAUCCCCUGCCUUGGUCUUUCCUUUCUCACCGUGCUGGUGUUCUAUCUGCCAUCUGACGAAGGAGAAAAACUGUCACUUUCAACAUCAGUGCUGGUGUCACUAACUGUGUUCCUGUUGGUCAUAGAAGAAAUCAUUCCUUCAUCGUCAAAGGUGAUUCCACUAAUUGGAGAGUACCUGCUCUUCAUCAUGAUCUUUGUAACCUUCUCCAUCAUCGUCACCGUCUUUGUGAUUAACGUCCACCAUCGCUCCUCGGCCACCUACCACCCCAUGGCCCCCUGGGUGAAGACCCUCUUUCUGCAGAGACUGCCCCGGCUACUGUGUAUGAGGGGGCACACCGACAGAUACCACUUCCCAGAUAUGGAGAUGCGCAGUCCGGAGCUGAAGCCACGGCGGGGCGCGGGGAGGAGGGGGGCUCCCGGCAACAGUGGCAGUCAGCAGAGAGGCCCCCUCGGAGGGAAGGAGGACGAGAACCAAGCUUGGCUGGCAAUGCUGGAGAAAGCCACAAAUUCCGUGCGCUACAUCAGCCGUCACAUCAAAAAGGAGCACUUCAUACGGGAGGUAGUACAAGACUGGAAAUUUGUGGCUCAGGUGUUGGACAGGAUUUUCCUGUGGGCCUUCCUCACAGUGUCAAUACUGGGAACUAUUCUAAUCUUCACUCCUGCUCUGCAGAUGUACCUCAGCACACCACCAUGAACACAAACUCACAAAUACUCUCCAACAACUCUCUUGUUUUCCAGUCCGUCUUUUACUAUGAUUUAUAGAUAAAGUCUAAUAAAACAUUCACACUGUAUAGUUCUCUUGUAGAAACAAGCUCAGGCUACAAACUUUUACCUCCCUACAGUUUGGUUUUCAGCCCGUGAUGACCUCUGGAAACAGUGAUGUUCUAGAUGCAACCUGUCCUUCACUGUAAGCUGCAUGUGCAGGGAUGCAACAGAGUGAAAGCAAUAAGCAGGUUAGAGUAGCGUGUAUGAUUUGAAUGCCCAUGUUUGUAUAAUUGUAAUGGUGUAAUUAUACAUGCAACAAAAUGCACAAUACAAGAUUUAUGAGUUGUGUCACUUUCAUGAUGUCGCCCAGUCAGCUGUACUGUUUGUUCUGUGACGAUGAUCAGAAUAAAACAAAAACAUAAAAAAAGGAAAGAAAAUCCAAAAUCAGUUUUCUGAUGACAACCAUCAAACAAAAGCAGCUACCAAGGAGGUGAUCAGGGGUUAUGUUGCGGUUAGUUGUGAUGUGUUUUUGUGUGUGUAUUUUUUUUAAUACUGUAUAUAUAUAUUGAUGAAAACUGCAUUUACACUGUGAAAAUUUAUGAACCUGCACUACGCCAACUGCCCAGGAUGGAGACAAUUUUGCUCAGUAGGGGCUGUUUUGUGCCAUAGAGCCCCCCAGUAGGUAAUAUGGAGCAUAUUCCAUGUAUAUAUAUUCUCUAAUGAUGCUGGGAAAAUCAUAAAAAAAAAAUGAAGGUGACCAAUCUCUGAA